AUGGUACGUAUAAACGACCCAAGAGAUACUCUAAUAAACCCAGAACUGCAACUCGUCACAGAGAUUGUUAAUUAUGUUAUCCUAGGCGGAAGUUUGUCUGUCUUUGGGAUGAUAUCCAACAUCAUCAACAUGGUGGUGUUCUACAAACAAGGACUUCAAACUACAACAAACAUCAGCCUGUUUGCCUUGUCAUUAGCUGACCUACUAACUCUGGUCACUUUGUUCGAAUAUUCCAUCUGGAUGAACCCGUUGGUGGAGUUUUCUGAUACACCAGUCAACACCAGGGAGGUCCAGUACCUCAUCACUGGCUGGCCCAACGUCUGCUUCACCAGGAUCACGUGUCUCAUCAUGGCCUUCAUCACCGCUGAAAGAUACAUCAAUAUAAAAUACCCUCACAAAGCAAAGCAGAUCAUCACGCCGAAAAGGACUAAAGGUCUCAUUUUCAUCAUCUUCGUCAUCUCGAUAAUCAUGGUAAUGCCCAGCUACUCCUCCAUCUACUACGAUUGGAAAUUUUAUCCGCGAAGCAACGUAACGAAAAUCGGGAUUCACGUGAUCAACAAUGGAACCGUGGACAAAUAUUCGUUUCUCAUCAACGCAAUGUUAGGUUUGAUGGCGUUAUUUCUGUUGAUAAUGUUCACCUCUCUAAUUGUCUGGCAACUUCAUUUGAUGGUCCGCAGGCGGAGUGCGAGAACCAGCGACCCGCUGAAAGCGAGUUCAAGUCGAGAAAAGAAAGUGGUAAAAAUGGUCCUAAUUAUAGCCACCAUUCAGAUAUUCUGUACUGUGCCCAGCAUAGCGUUUUCUUUUGUAUGUCUUCUGGUCGAUGGGAUGACAAUCAUAGGAUUUCAUCAGAAUACUUUUUUCUUUAUUUGGUCCUUUAACUUUGUCCUGGGUGGGUUGAACUCGAGUGUGAAUAUAUUUCUCUACUACAAGAUGAAUUCUAAAUACAAAAACACGUUGCGUGAGAUGUUUGCCGGUUGCUCUGGGCUAUCUCAACCGCAUGCACAACUUCGUUCGGACAGCAUCUACAGUUGAUUUUGAUUCAAUCAGUAGCUACGGUGGAUUGUGAUUUUAACAACAUCUACUGUUGAUUUUUAUUCAAUCGGUAGCUACGGUGGAUUGUGAUUUUAACAGCAUCUACAGUUGAUUUUGAUUAAAUCAGUAGCUACGGUGGAUUGCGAUUUUAACAGCACCGACCGUGGAUUGUGAUUUGGUCAAGACCUACAGUAGAUUGUGAUUUGGUCAAGAUCUACAGAGGAUUAUGAUUUGAUAAGACCUACAGUGGAUUGUGAUUUGAUAAGACCUACAGUGGAUUAUGAUUUGAUAAGACCUACAGUGGAUUGUGAUUUGAUAAGACAUACAGUGGAUUGUGAUUUGUUCAAAACUUACAGUGGAUUGUGAUUUGAUUAGCACCAAAAGGGAUUGCAUUUCGAUUCAUCAGCCUUGAAGCAUUUUGUAUAUUUAUUUGAGAAGUUCUAUUGGUUUAUCAUAAGACCAAUAGUUACCGAGGAAGCAAAAUUUACUGAUAACUUUAUACUCUGAGUAAUUACAAUUUUACUGAUAACUUUAACCAAAACGGCUCUGACAUCUAUACCAAAGAAUUUGGUUUGCGUUUCUAAAAUAUUAUUAUUAAAUAAUUUUUACAUUUUAUUAUUUUUACCUCAAUGACAAAAUUUGUGAUCUUAUGAAAUUACUUGAAAUUACUAAAAUCCCAUAGUUAGUACCACAGUAAAAGUGCUUAUAUUUUCUACCCAGUCUCAAGAUCAAUCUGACCCGUCUUGAAAAUCGGUUCCGAUUACAACUUUCUUCAUAUAUAAAAUACAUUAAACACAAAUCAAAUUAACUUCACAAAUAAAGGCUUUAUUUUA